UGUCUAUUUUUUUCUGCUUAACCUUUUCCAAAAGUUGACAUCUGCAAGUAUGCAAUCCGAAUCGGGAAUAGUUCCCGACUUCGAGGUUGGAGAGGAGUUUCAAGAGGAACCAAAAACGUAUUACGAAUUGAAGAGUCAGCCCUUGAAAAACAGCAGUCCCUCCGACCAGCAUGGCUCCUCCAAGCCGCAGCUGAGCUCCUCGGCCAUGACAUCACGGAUCUUGCUGCGACAACAGCUGAUGCGGGAGCAGCUUCAGGAGCAGGAGCGCCGCGAGCAGCAGAGACAGCAGGCCUCGCAGUUCCCCCAGACCACAGCGGCACAGACCCCCGCCAUCAAUGUCAGCGUCCCGCCCAGUUUACCCCCUGCUGCCCAGGUGCCAAUGGAGGUGCUAAAGGUCCAGACUCACUUGGAGAACCCGACCAAGUACCACAUCCAGCAGUCCCAGCAGCAGCAGGUGAAGCGGUACCUGGGGAAGCUUGGCUCUCAGGUGGUGAGCUUGCCCUGCCCUAACCAGUCCUCUGACCACGGGGGCAUGCCGCCGGGGCCGGGCAAUAGUGCCCCCAACAGCCCUAUGGCCUUACUGACCCUCAACUCUAACUGCGAGAAAGAGAUGGAUGAUGUCAUUGAUGACAUUAUUAGUUUGGAGUCAAGUUACAGUGAUGAUAUCCUCGGCCUGAUGGACCCUGGACUUCAGAUGGCCAAUACGAUUCCUGUGCCGGCUAACCUCAUGGACAUGUAUGGUAAUCAGGGUAUGCCUCCACAAGGCCUGGCCAUCAGCAACUCCUGCCCUGCCAACCUCCCCAACAUCAAAAGGGAAUUCUCUGUUUCGCAAUCCCCUGCCAUCAUGCACAUGCUGGACAAGUCUGGAUCCUGUGGCAAAUUUGACAACUAUCAAAGGCCUGAAGGGUUUCCUGUAGAGGCUGAAGUUAGAGCCCUGGCAAAGGAAAGGCAGAAGAAGGAUAAUCACAACUUGAUUGAGAGAAGACGACGAUUUAACAUCAAUGAUCGCAUCAAGGAACUGGGAACCUUAAUUCCAAAGUCAAAUGACCCGGACAUGCGCUGGAACAAAGGCACCAUCCUCAAGGCAUCGGUGGACUACAUCAGGAAGCUACAGCGGGAACAGCAGAGGGCAAAGGAGCUGGAGAACCGUCAGAAGAAACUAGAGCACGCCAAUCGACAUUUAAUGUUGAGGAUACAGGAGUUAGAGAUGCAGGCCCGCGCUCACGGUCUGGCCAUCGCGUCUUCAGCGCUGUGCUCCACUGAGCUCGCCGCCCGCUCCAUCAAGCAGGAGCCAGCUCUGGGGGACUGUCACCAGGACCUGUAUCCCCUGCACCCCCAGCACCAGCACCACCCCGCCUGCACCCCCGACCCGGCUCAGCCCGCCGCCCUGGAGCUCAGCGAGGGCCACGCGAAUUUCCCCGAGGGCCAAGGGGGCAUGGCCGGCAACCCGGGUCACUACGGCGUUCACGGCAAGGCGGCCUCCAAACUCAACGACAUCCUAAUGGAAGACACCUUAUCACCGGUGAGGGGUGGAGACCCUUUGCUCUCGUCCGUCUCCCCAGACGCCUCAAAGGACAGCAGUCGCAAGAGCAGCAUAAGCAUGGAGGAGAACGAGCAGGGCUGUUAGCACCCCCUACUGGAAGAUACCCCGCCUGCAUGUUCGUCCCACCAUCCUGAUACAAUUGUUCCUGUCAGUAGCUAACCCGUUCUCAGCUGCUGGAGAUGGACACCCCUCUCUCUUGUUCAUGUUGUUGUUUUUGUUUUUGUUUUUGUUUUGUUUUUUUUGGUUUGUCGUGUUGUUUUUGUGUUGGUUUGUUUUUUUUUCCUCCGUGUUUACAUAUAUUUAAUCUUUUCCAGUCAUGUGUUUUUUGUGAUAUCUUUGUCUUUUCAAGCCCUGAACCUUAAUUUGAAGGACUGAUUUUAAAGUACAUUUUAUUGGUUUAAUCAAUGUUUUGGUGACAAUGAGUAAAGAAAAAAAAAUUGAAGUUUUUAUAUUUAAAAAAAUAUAUAUGCAUUUAUCUUGGGAUAGAGGUUAGAUUAUGCUUUUUUCUUUUGAUUCCAAAGAAUCUAGGGAAGUUAGAAAUCAUGGUCAGAAAUAUAGAUGUGGUGUGAUGAGCACUGCUUUACAAAUCACUAGCAAUAAUAGAAGAAAUAAUAAAUCUAUUUAUUACUAUAGUGCUUUACACUCCUUGUGUCUUAGAUUAAACUUGAAUGUGCCAAUGCCUUAUUAAGAUGUGUAUACAUCGCUGUUGUAUCUUUCGUGCACAAAUUCUAGCUAUUAGUCUCUGUCAGUCUUCCGGUUAAAAUUUAUUCACUGACGCAUUUGAGAGAUAUCGAUCAUGUGUAGGUUUUAUAUCAUUUAUGUAUCCAUAUAGACAUGAUUUUUUUUGUACACAUUCCCCUUACCAAAUUUAUUAAAAAUAACCAAAACAAAUAAGACUAAAACUAGGCGUUAAAAGAACAGCUUUGAGAAAGUUGCUUGAAAUAAUAAAGUGCUUUGAAAAAUGAAAAUGAACUGAAACUGAAUGUCUGCUUCCAAAUAAUUAAAGUAAUAUUAAAAGGCAAUAAAAUACAAAAAAUGACAUUAAUAACGUCUAGUGUUAGUCUUUUGAUCGGUGCCAAAAUGAGAGAAAAGUAGCACAACAAUCCUCUAAGUCAUUUUAUCGAGCAGUAUUUGCAGAAGACAGAGAAUACAUUCCUUACUGCCAAAAAUAUAAUAUAAAAUAUAAAUAUAAAAACAAAAAUUAAAUACAAAGAAAUUAAAAAGGAAACAUUUAUGAAGCUAGGUGAAAAAUGCAUUAGAGCUUUAUCUGAGGUUGGAAAUAAAGGUCAUAGUAACCCUGACACACACACACACGAACAGAGAAACUGAUCUAAAACUCUCAAAUAUAAUACAUAUGAAAAUAAUUACAUGAUUCUGCCAAUUCUUUGUUAUGUGAUUAAUGCAGCAGGAUGAAUGGAUUCAGUUUAUUUUUUGUUUUUUUGUUUUUUUGUAUUCUUGUAUGGAGUCUAUUUAGUUUUGUGUCCAAGUUGCCUCUUUUUGUUAAAGGAGAAGACAGUGCAAAGCAUUUUUUUUUUUUUUUUUUUAGACUAUUAAUACUGGCAGACCUGCUACUAUUUCAGCACAUACAAUGUAUUUUAAUAUUCCACAAUUAUUAUGCAGCAAGUGCUCAGUUUUUAAUACUGUCCAUCCAUUUCCUAAAUUAUUGUUAUAUUUUGUUACACCUUUGUUAUGAUAAAACUGUCAGUCCAUUUUGCAUUCAGGAUGUUUUUUUUUUUUUUUUUUUUUUUCCAUUAUGUGAUUUAUAAUGCCAAGGAGUAUAAGGAGACUGCUAUGGGAUUUUGUAUGAAAUGCAUGACAUUGUCAAAACACUGGAAUGAAGUCCGUAAAUUGAAAAUGGUUUGUUGACUUUUUUUUUUUUUUUUUUUUUUUAUCUAAGCAUAUACUAACUAUUGUAUUUGGGUUUUCAAAUGCAUACAGAAUGUCGUAUGACUGAUUGUAGUUUCUUGAAGAUUUACGGUUGUAUAUUUUGUUUUAACAGUUGUAGCACAUUGCUUAAACAUGCCUUUUGUUUGUAACUACCUGCCAUAAAUUGAGAGCCCUGUUACAACACAACCUCCAUUUUGUGGAUCUAUGCAAUGGUUACAGUCGUGCCUGUAGAGCAGCAUUGUGUCUUUCUCGCGGGACUUUGGACAAUUUUAGCCGGUGAUCUAAUUAUAACGUAGUGGUGAUUAGUCUAAAACAACUAGCCAAGUGAUUUUCUGUUCAUUGAUUGAAGUGCCUUACAGUCUUUUCUGUUACCAUGGUGAUGUUAGGGGAGUUGUAGACACUGGUGCAGUGUGUUGUUGAUGUUUUUUUGCCUGGUGUUUUGGUGCUUCAUGGAUUAACUGUAGAGCUGCAAGGUCCCUAAGGGAAGCAGUAGGAAAGGGCCUUUGGUCAGUACAAGACGAUACAGUGGGCCUCAGACCCAUGUGGGAAUUAACACUGGACUGUAAGAAAGGCUCUGCCUCGGGCGUUGCAUUACAUUUAGGAUGUUAUUUUUGUACGUUUCACCAAGGUCCAGAUUCUACAUCGAAGGCAGUGAUCCUAACAUUGAGCUUCUUUUCGAGACCAAGAUUUUCGCCUGAAUGUAAUUCACACUUUCGACUGCCAAAAUAAGUUUCCAAAAUCAAACUGAAGUUUAAGUAAUGCAAAGAUGCACAUUAUGAAGCAAUGUUACAAACAGGUUAGAAGAUGCACCUGAGUUAAGUGGUGUUUUCUUCCUCGGUGAUAAAGCAAUAACUUUUAGGAUGGCAAUCAGGCCACAAAUGAAGUACAACAGCAACAACAACGGCCCAUAUGAUCACAGCGAUCCCAGGUAUUGAGUCCUUAGAGUGCAAUACACACAGGCCUGUCACUGCCCUUUGACUGAUCCCAAAUCAGCUUAUUUUCCAAUGGAAUGGGUUAAUCCUCUAGACCCUGAAAUGUGAGUCGCCAGAAUGGACAUCACCAUCAUAUGUAGUGGUGGCACUUAAUUUAAAAAGCGAUCAUAUGUUGUCGAUUGGUCAUGGUGAACAUUGUUAGAGCUGUUAGACAAGGCACACUAUGGGUACUACAGAGCCAUGUUGGUUCGGUGUACAUUUGUUCUACUCAUUCUCAUUCCUAUGGUUCAUAUGGACACUUUCUCUGCUGAUGUUGCUACUGUUCUUGUAAUUACAGUUUAUAUGGAGAGAUGAAUGUAGCAAUAGAUAUGCACUGGUUUCAGAUUUGUGAACUCGAACUCAUUGGUACUCAAUGUGGAAACUAUC